AUACCACGUUCCUUGUUGCUUGUUGCUUCGUGUUGUGGAUAAGUGAGAAUAAGGACUGGAUAUUUUCGCUCAGUGCAUCCAUAUCCAGUUCGCAGCAUUCACUUCUUUCCAACGAGUACUUCUGCUUACACUUAUAAACCAUCCUUACGUUCUGAUUGCAAGUACUUCAACUUAUUCCGGGCAGUCACGAUCUGAUCUUAAACCGGUCUUGCCGUAUAGUACAGAUUGAUCGUGCUCCAUUCAAGUUUCGCUGAUUCCUUAAAUUGUUGAGGGUAUCUACGGAGUUAUGAUCUAAAUUUUGGACAAAUUGGAUUGUACUUACCUAUAAUAUAAUGUGAAGUUCCUCCGCUAGGUGACUUUUGGUUUUUAAGGGUGUUUUGAGCUUUUUGAUUCUUGGGAUUUAUAAGUGUGGGAAAAUGAGUGGUCAAAGUGUUGACGUUGUUUGGGAGCCUCCUCAGUUGAGUUCAUUGGACUGUUGGGAUUAUUCUAUCGAGUUGGCUUGCCUUCAAGGUCCAGAAGAUCUUCAGUUAGCGGCAGAGCUGGGUAAAACACUUCUGGAACGUAACAAGGAACUUGAAACAAGCUUGAAAGCCCAUCAGACGACGAUUGACGAGCAGGCUCAGGAAAUCGAGUAUUUAAAAAAACAAAAUGCGGCGCUGAGAGAAGUGACAGAUUCAAGACUUAAAGUGUACGAACAAUUAGAAGUAAGCAUCCAAGAUUUAGAACGUGCCAACCAUAGACUCGUUGUCGAAAGUACAGCCAACAAAAAACUCGUCAAAAGCCAAUGUUUAACAAUCGAAAAUCUUGAGGCAAAAUGUGAGGAGCUGUCAAAGACAAUCGACGAAUUAAAGACGCAGCAUGAAAACUACAUCCGAAAGCUACAGAGCAAGCAGAACAAUGUUGCUAAAACCACCGAGGAGACGACCUGGACAAACAUUUCGAAUAAUGGCAGCAUACACCAGACAGCUGUAAAAAGUCCAUCCAAGACGUCUCCAGGUGAUUUAAAUGCGCGAAUAAACGGCUCAGAAGAUGACGAGGUGAAUGAGCUGCUGAUUCAACUGCAGGAGACGCGGAACCAGCGAGCCAGAGAGCAGAAAAAAGUAUCAGAGCUGCGGCAGCAGCUUGAGGGAAUACUCAAAGAUAAUCGCGCACUCGAGGAGCAGCUUAAUGAGUGGCGCAAUAAGGCCCAGGAUAUGAAAAACUUGCAAGAUGAAAUUAAUACCCUGGAAGAAGUCAGGCAAGGCAAGUUAUGCGGUCGCUGUCUUCGAGGUUACGACGCGAGGCCUCACGACGAAUUGUCGCUGAUGCUCGACGCCGAGGAAGAUGAUGACAUCAGUUUGGCAGAGUCUUACCUCAACAGCCAGAGGGACUCGGAAAUUUUGGUCGAGGACAUCGACACACCGGAUUCAAAAGAACAAAUAAAACCAGACGCAAACCCGUACCGAGUACUAGUAGAAAAAUACGAAGCUCUUCUAGAAGUCCAGCGCCAACCAGUAGCCCGAAAGAAGCCAUCACCAACGCCCCCUUGCAUGUCUCUGCAAGAAGAACUAGAAAUGUCCGGGGACUUCAACAGCUUGCAGACAGCGCCAUCAGAGGCCGCCCCGGAACCAAAAACAAACGGGUUCCGUCGCUAUCCUAAGAAACCAUUUUCCGGAACACCAACAGACUUCUCCGAGGCGGAGACUUCAUCUUCCGGGUUCUCAGACGAGACCAGUAACAAAGAGACUCAAACAGACGGUAGGUUAGGUUCCUUACUCUGUUCCAUCGCCGACGGAGAGGACUGCAAGUUCAGCAUCUACGACGACAACAGCCCGUUCGAGAGCAGGUUCCGAAAGACUCCUGAGUACCGUCAGCUGUUCAGUGAAAUUUUCUGCAUCCUGAAGCGCGCUGCAGAGGCUAAAGACGAGGGCGAGAAGCUCCCUCUGUUGGACAGCACCGUUUCUGCGUCUGCGCGCAGAGACGAGCCUGCGCAUGCGCAGGAACAUGCGCAGGAACCGGAGGAAUUGACAGAUGACACGCAGAGUGUUCUGUCCUCUGUUAUCUCCUCGGUUGUUUCCGAGCCGGUGAUUCGCGUUCACACCUCCACACCCGAGAAGGAGAACGAGAACCAGAAGAAGUUCCAGGAACCGCCGAGAAACCAGCGGCGCCACCACUUAGAUUACCUCUCCAUUCAAGUUCGCAAGAAGAACACUGCUAAGAAACACCACAGGAAGGUUUUUAAUGAGUCCAAUGAAAUUAUUCCAAGUUCCAGGAACCAAGUUCCUGGAACUCACAGCCCGGUUCCUGGAACCGGUAAGCCCAACCGCAGAAUCAAGUUCCGCCCUCUGACUACCGCGGAACAGGAUGGAACUCACUGGAACGGGAACACUAUUCAUGUGUUCGCUAGUAGGAACAAGGAAGCCAGGAACAAUCACAGGUUCUGUUCCUCGAACAAUGUUCCUAAUAACGGUUCCUUGGAAUUCAAGCCCAGUACCGCGUCUGAAGAAGUUGCGAGGCUCAGACGCUUGGAGAUGUCUUAUGCUGAAGCUCUUCGCACGCCAAACAAAUCCAAAGCAGCCAAUUGUACUCGUAGAUACUGAGCGACUUUGUUAAAAUUUUUUUGAGUGAUUUUAUUUUUUAAUCUACUUGGAAGGAACAAGAUUACACUGGUUAUCAUCUCAGAUUACAUUGAGUAGAAAUUUUGGAUAGUAGCUAGUAUAAUCCAGAUUAUAAUGAGUAUAAUCUAGAUUAUAAUGAGUAUAAUCCGGAUUAUAAUGAGUAUAAUCUAGAUAAUAAUGAGCAUAACUCGGAUUAUAAUGAGUAUAAUCUGAGAUUAUAUCUGGUAUAAUCUUGUUUUUUCUUUGUGUAGCUUUUCAGUAUUUUAUAUUUUGUAAAUAAUUAUUUAAGUGUGAGUGGUAAUUUAUGCGUAGAAUUAUUAAAAAAAAUGUUUUUGAAUUUUAUAUUGAUUUUGACAUUUUAAAUGUGCCAUGAAUAUUGAUUGAGGAUUUAGAAAUUUGAGAGUGGGAUAUUUUGUGAUGGUACUUGGGUGGUACCGAUAGUAGAUAUAGCUUUUGUAUUGUAUUGAAUAACUAGUACUCGAAUUAAAGCAUUAUUAUGACUAUUGAAA